CGAAGUUGGGCCUCAACUCUCUUUCAAGCUGUAAUUUCAAACAACUCACGAGCAAAGCAUUUGCAGAUAAACUCUCUCUCCAUAUUUUCCUUCAACACUUGAAAUUUUUUGACAUUUAUUGAUUGAAGAUAUUGUUGAACGCUGGGAUGACAGCCUUUGUAGCUAAAAAUCCCUAAAUCCCCCUCAUUCAAACAAACAAACAAACAGUAUACGGUUUGAUAAAAAUAAGUAUCUGGUUUAGUAGAUACAUGAAGAAUUUAGAGAAAUUCCGGAUAUCUGUGCCAUUACGAAAUAGUUAAACAGUAGAAGGGGGGAUAUUAUGUCUUCAGAAAGUUUCGGCAAAAUAUAAUAACACCAAUUUUUUUAAUAAAUUUAAUCUUCCGAAUAAAUUUUAUCCUUCGCCUGCUGCCGCCAGGCGAAGGAUCUACAACCAGCAUCUUAGCAAGGCAACAAUCCCCGAUCUAAGCAGCCCAAGAAACCUUCCCUCUACAAUAGCUAGGCUACGUACUGGACAUUUCAAAGGCAUGAAGAUCUCGGGAACCAAUAUAAAAUCCUAUCGCAUCUGCAAGUACUAUCCCCAUUCGCAACUAACUCCAGAUCAUGUUUUUGACUGCCAGGCCAUUAUCGGUUCCCUCUCAACUUGGAGCAAUCGAAAUCCUCCAUAGCCAUCGGGCUGCAGAACUUGCAGAUCUUGUCACCAAGGCCUUUGGAGAACUCUAAUCUUUUGCACUAGCACUGUAUGCAUAAACACGACAACAACAACAAUCUUUCGAACAGCCCAAUGUAUAAAACAGGCAAAGAAAUUAAUAAUCUAGAUCAUAUUUUAAUUUUUUAUUCAAAAUACUCUACCAUUUGUCGCUUUCUUUGGAAUAAACUAAGUUUGAAAUCUUCAGAUUUGAAGAAUUUAUCAGCAAAAUAUCGAAAAAUGAAGUCUCCACCACUACCCUUCAGAAUCUAAAAUUUUAUAUAUUAACAAACAUUACAUAUAGUUGUGAAUGCAGAGAUUCAGCCUGUACAGCAAAAAAUCUCACAACCCCAUUAAUCAAUCAUUUCAUUAUUGUUGGACCCCAUUAAAUGCUUGAAACUCAAUAUAACACCAUUAUCUUCAGAAUCGCUCUUGGAUUUCUCAACUAGACUCCACACUGCUAGCCUACCAAUUCUUGCAGGAAAAAAAUAUUUCACAAUGAGUCUCUUUAUGAAAAAAUGUUUAAGGAAGGCCAUCAUUACCAUUCUUAAUAUCAGAAAUUGAGCAUUAAAUUAACUAUGAAAGAUAAAGAAUUCUUAUAGAACUCUCAAAGAAUUUCAGAGAUCCUAUCAACCCUACUGAUGGAAUUUUAAGUAAUUCGUGUUUCAAAAAAAAGUUUAGCUUCUUAGAAACCGAAGAACGGAAAAUGAUCCAAGACCAGUUUAACUGUUAUCUAGACAAAUACAGAGAUUGUUUAGAAAUUCUUGUUGAAAAAUUCAUCAAUGAAACAUAUUCUGAAAGAUACAAUGAAGUGCCAAGUGAUUCAGUCGUGACAUUGAUUUUCUCACUGAUGGUAUCAAUCUUCUGCCUUGGUGGCAUGCUUGGAGCUCUGGGGACAGCUUAUUUGGCUGAAAACUUUGGUAGAAAAGGUGGUCUUCUGCUGAAUAAUGCCUUUGUAUUCGUAGCAGCUGCACUGAUGGGCUUUGGAAAAAUGGCCAGAUCUUAUGAAAUGUUGAUUGCAGGCAGAUUUGUAAUAGGUCUUAAUUCUGGUUUAAAUGCUGGCUUGUCUCCAAUGUAUCUGACAGAAAUAUCACCUGUACAUCUGAGAGGAGCAGUAGGAACAAUAUAUCAAUUGACUAUAGCUUUCACUAUUCUUGUAUCUCAAAUUCUGGGCAUGCCAGAAAUCCUUGGUACUGAAAGUGGAUGGCCAGUGCUCUUUGGUUUAAUAAUUGUUCCUGCUAUUUUCAUGUUAGCCACCUUACCUUUAUGCCCAGAAUCUCCAAAAUAUAUCUUAAUAUGUAAAGGAAAAGAAGUAGCUGCUCAGAAAGCUCUGAAAUGGUUCCGUGGCACUGGUGAUGUUCACUAUGAAAUGGAUGAAAUGCGAAAUGAAUCACAGGAAUUAAAAAUGGUACCUAAAGUCACACUGAAAGAAAUGUGGGGAAAUGUUGUGCUGCGUAAACCUCUAAUCAUUGCUGUAGUUGUUAUGUUAUCUCAGCAGUUGUCUGGUAUUAAUGCAGUUAUUUUUUACUCGACUUCAAUUUUCAUCACUGCUGGACUGUCCAAUCAAUCGGCUAUUUAUGCUACAUUAGGAAUGGGAACUGUGAAUGUGCUUAUGACAGUUGUUUCUAUGGUUUUGGUGGAAAAGGCUGGAAGAAAAACUCUUCAUCUUACAGGGCUAGCAGGAAUGAUGGUUAUCACUGCAUUGCUAACAUUAUCUCUCGCUCUGACUCCACAAGCUGCAUGGUUGUCAUAUGUCAGUGUAUUUUGCAUAAUUGGGUUUAUAAUAUUAUUUGCCAGUGGACCAGGAUCCAUUCCAUGGUUUUUGGUAGCAGAACUCUUUGGUCAAGGAGCAAGACCAUUGGCUACAAGCAUAGCUGUUUCUGUAAAUUGGUUGGCUAAUUUCUGUGUCAGUCUUGGAUUUUUGCCCAUUGUCGAAUCUAUUGGCGAAUACACUUUCCUCAUCUUCACAGCUAUUCUAGCAAUGUGUUGUUUAUUCACUUACAAUAGAGUGCCUGAAACAAAAGGUAGAACUGUCGAAGAAAUUACAGCAGAAUUUAGAGAAAAAUCUACGAAUUAAUAUAUUUCUGGAUGAAAAAACUGUGUUUCUCAUAUUUUUAUUUUUACUAUGAAACUUUUUUUCAAAUGGCUAUCUUUUAAAAAAGAAACUUUCUUGUAGAACUUUAUCUUUCAAAUUCAUAUGGUAUUAUUCAAUGAACUUGAAUAUAUGUUUUAUAUGGAUAUAUUAUAUAUAUAUAUGAGAGAGAUCAAUAUCUAUAUGAUAAAUUUAUAAGAAUUCCACUCUCAUUGUAUAUUUUCUGUUUUAAACCUGUCUUCAAUUUGUAUUUUACAUAUAUUUAAUCAUUUUUCAUUCAUAUUUUGUGUAAAUAAUUGUUCUCAUCAUGUUUAAAUAUUCAUUUGGAAUUAAACUUUUUCUAUAUAA